AUGGGGCUGAGAGUGGCCAGCCUUGUUUUCCUUUGGCUGGCCCUUUCCUCUGCUAAUGAAAUAAAAAAAGGAAGAACAAGAAACCAUGGCCACUAUGUCUGCAGCACCUGGGGAAACAACCACUUCAAAACUUUUGAUGGAGACACCUACCAAUUCCCUGGCAUUUGCGAGUACAAUUUUGUUUCUGACUGCCGAGACUCGUACAAGGAGUUCUCUGUCCACAUCCAGCGUGCUCUGGACAGCAACAACCACCCUGAGAUCCAGUACAUCCUGUUAAAAAUCAAGGACAUCACGGUGUACCUCAAACCAAAACUGGUUGUGGUGGAUGGCCGGAUUGUGAAGACACCUUACUACACCUCUGGUAUGCUCAUUGAGACCAAUGACAUUUACACCAAGGUUUAUGCCAAAUUAGGCCUGAUUCUGAUAUGGAAUCAGCAGGAUGCACUAAUGGUGGAGCUGGACAACAAAUUUAAUAACCAUACCUGUGGUCUCUGUGGGGAUUACAAUGGAAUUCAGAUCUACAAUGAGUUCAUCAAUGGAGAUGUGAGCUACAAUUCAAUUACAUACGGGAAUUUGCAGAAGAUCAGCAAACCCAAUGCUAAAUGUGAAGAUCCAGAUGAAACUCAGGCUCUUCCAAGCUGUAACGGGCAUCGUGAGGAGUGUGAGAGGCUGCUGACUUCCCCUGCAUUUGCUGAUUGUCGGUUGCGCCUUAAUUUGGAAAUGUACAUCCAAGCCUGCAUGCAGGACAAGUGUGCAUGCAAUGGCAAAGAGGACUCCUUCUGCCUCUGCAGCACCAUCUCUGAGUACUCUCGCCAGUGUUCGCACGCGGGCGGCCGGCCGGGCGAAUGGAGGACACAGCAGUUCUGCCCCAAGACCUGUCCUGCUACCAUGGUCUAUAGAGAAAGCAGCUCACCCUGCAUGGAUACUUGCUCACACUUGGAGAUCAGCAGCCUCUGUGAGGAACACUACAUGGAUGGUUGUUUCUGCCCUGAAGGAACUGUGUAUGAUGAUCUUACUGCAAAAGGCUGUAUACCUGUUAGCCAAUGCCACUGCAAACUCCAGGGAAAGAACUAUGCACCUGGAGAACACAUUACCAAUGAAUGUGAAGAAUGCACCUGUAAUUCAGGCAGAUGGACCUGCAAAGAUUUACCCUGUCCAGGCACAUGUUCAGUGGAAGGAGGUUCCCAUAUUACCACCUUUGAUGGGAAGAAAUACACUUUCCAUGGAGACUGUUACUACGUGUUGGCCAGGGCCACUGGAAAUGACAGUUAUGCUCUCCUGGCAGAGCUGGCUCCCUGUGGCUCCACAGACAGGCAAACCUGCUUGAAGUCUGUUGUGCUGUUAGUAGAUCACCAAAAAAAUGUGGUGGCUUUCAGGUCAGAUGGCAGUGUGCUACUGAAUGACAUGACAGUGAACGUGCCUCAUGUGUCAGCCAGCUUCUCAGUAUUCAAGCCAUCUUCCAACUACCUUAUCGUACAAACUUCUUUUGGGCUUCAGCUGCAGAUCCAGCUGUUUAGUGUCAUGCAGUUGUUUGUGACUAUGGAUCAGUCAGUUCAAGGGAAACUUCAAGGUCUUUGCGGAAACUUUAAUGGAAAGGAAGGUGAUGACUUUAAAACAUCCAGUGGGCUGGUAGAAGCUACAGGAUCUGCCUUUGCUAACACAUGGAAAGCUCAGGCCACCUGUACAGACCAGGCAGAAAAGCUGGAAGACCCUUGCAGUCUGAGCAUUGAAAGUGCAAAUUAUGCUGAGCAUUGGUGUUCUUUGCUGAAAGACUCAGAAGGUCCUUUUGCAAGAUGUCACUCAGUCAUUGAUCCUUCAGAGUACUACAGGAAAUGUAAAUAUGACACCUGCCUCUGUGAAGACAACGAAGAAUGCUUGUGUGCUGCCCUGUCCUCUUACUCAAGAGCCUGUGCUUUCAAAGGGAUCAUACUGGGAGGCUGGAGAGAAAGUGUCUGCAGUAGUGAAGUGUCUGCUUGCACAGGAAAUCAAGUCUUUCUUUACAACCUCACAAAGUGCCAGCAAACCUGCCGCUCCCUUGUUGAAGGUGAAAAGCAUUGCUUGCAAGACUUUGCUCCUGUGGAUGGCUGUGGCUGUCCACAUAACACAUACUUGGAUAACCAGGGUAACUGUGUGCCCAUCUCUGAGUGCCCAUGCUAUUACAAGGGAUCAUACCUGGAACCUGGGGAAUAUGUCACCAGAGAUGGAGAACGUUGUGUUUGCCGAAAUGCAAAGGUCCAGUGUACUUCAGUGAAAUUAAGAAUGAAAGGUGCAACAGAAUGUUCUUCUAACAAGACAUACUUUGACUGCAAUGCAUCCUCCAAGUGGACUUCACAAACACCUGUACAACUUAGCUGUCAUACUCCUCAAUUUGAUCAUUUCCAGACAGAGUGUGUCUCUGGCUGUGUGUGUCCUGAAGGCCUGUAUGAUGAUGGGAAAGGGGGCUGUGUGGAACAGAAGGACUGCCCAUGCACUCAUAACAAUGAGUGGUAUUCUACUGGAGCAAAGAUAAAAGUGGACUGCAACACCUGUACCUGCCAAAAAGGAGCUUGGAGCUGCACUGAAAACGUGUGCUAUGGGACUUGUACAAUAUAUGGAAGUGGCCACUACAUCACCUUUGAUGGAAAAUUCUAUGACUUUGAUGGAAGCUGUGAAUAUGUGGCCACUCAGGAUUUUUGUGGUGACAAAAGUCCCAGCAGCUCAUUCAGUAUCAUCACAGAGAAUGUCCCCUGUGGAACUACAGGAGUCACCUGCUCAAAGGCUAUCAAAAUGUUUCUAGGAAAAACUGAACUGAAAUUGGAGAACAAAGAAUACAAAGAAAUUCAGCGUGAUAUUGGUGGUGACGUGCAUUAUUGGAACAGGACUGUUGGCCUCUACCUUGUUAUUGAGGCUAGCAAUGGUGUGAUGCUUAUCUGGGAUAAGAAGACUACAGUUUUCAUCAAGCUGACCCCUAAUUACAAG